AUGAAGGAUUUGAAGAAUGCUGUUCAGUUAGUACAGACAAAAGCAGUGAACCAGUCUGAGGCAUCUCUUACAUUUAAUAUUCCUAUAGGUACACUCCAGUUACAUCUUAAGAACCCAGGCAAGAAAGUGGGAGCUGGUAGGCCUACUGAUUUGACACUUCACGAUGAACAAAUCAUAGCCAACACAACAAAAGCUUCGUCCAAAUGGGGCUUUGGACUAACCAAACAAGAGUUUUUAAAAUCUGUGGCUGAUUAUGUGAGUUCCAAUUUAAUCAAAACACAGUUUAAGGAAAAUAUUCCCGGAGAUGAUUGGUUCCUCAGUUUUAAGAAGAGGCACAACAUUUUCUUAAGAGUACCAGAAAUCAAGCAGUCUGCACGCUUUGAAAUGUUUAUUCCAGAGAGAGUCCUACCAUUCUUUACAUUAUUGGCAAAUGAAAUAAAAUCCAAUCGUCUAGAAAACAAACCAAGCCAAAUAGUCAACCUUGAGACGUGUUUCAAUCACGACCCCUCCAAAGUCAAAGUUCUCGGUGAAGUUGGGCAAACUCUCAAUCGAAGAAGCAUUGGAUCUGGUAGAGCGAACACGACUGCUCUAGCAUGUGUGUCUGCUAGUGGGCAGGUUUUCCCACCUCACAUUAUUUUUAAAUCAAGUAACUGUACCAUCAGAAGUGAAUGGAAGUCGGAUAAGUGCUAUCCGAGGACAACAUACGACAGUAGUGAAUCGGGAUGGAUGACGUCAGAAACAUUUUUCAGUUAUAUGAAAAACGUGUUUAUCCCAGGUGCUCCUGCUGAAAGGCCUCUGUUGAUAAUUGUUGACGGCUACCUAUCUCACCUGUCAGUAGAUGUGAUAAAGCUUGCUUUUGACAACAAACUAGUGCUCAUUAAACUGCCAGCACAUACUACCGAUCAAUUGCAACCGCUUGACAAAGUCAUGUUCCGAUCAUUAAAAGAGGCCUUUAACAGGCGCUUGAUCAAGUGGCAGAGGGAGAACUACGGAUUUACGUACCGAAAAUGUGACUUGGUGGAGGUCAUCGGUGAUGCAUGGCCUGCAAUGACUACACAAAACGUUCUGAAAGGUUUCCAGGCUACUGGCUUUUUUGAUCCAUCACGCAAGUUCCCCGUUAACCCGCAAGUAAUCAUAGACAAAUUCCCAAAAGAACAGCUUGAGAAUUUCAAGAAAACAGAUGGCUUCAAGGAACUUGUCAUAGCUUGCGACAUUGGGCCUACCGAAGACGAACAGAGAGUAGGCCUACCUGAAUCGCCAGAUUCUUCCAUGAUGGAGGCACAGCAAAACGCUGUGGUUCCUCAUCUUCAACGAAAAGAAUCGUUUGAAAGUUUGAUGCUGCGAAAAUUGGAGGCAUUGAAGGAACUAAGACGAGGGAAUAAAAAGUCAAGGCGAGAUGAGACUUCGGGAGAAGUUGUAACAAGCCCAGAGUUUUUUGAAAAAAGCUGA